AUGACGCCUGUCGGGGUAUACUGGAUUAAAGUGGAAUACGGAUUAACAAUACUAAAAGGGAGGCUUCGAAUGAGCGAAAGAAUUGAGUCAUUUUUCCUCAACUUUUCGGGAAUUCACUAUAUCAGCCCAAGCUCCAAGGCCCCAUCCGCAUCAAGGUUUGCCAGUGUUCAUACGAUCCUGGUAAUCGAUUGCCCGUUCUCCAUCUUCCCGGGUAUCUGGUAUGAAAAGGCACAGCCAUCAUGGAUCUUUGGUGUCUGCCGCAGCAACAGCAUUCCCCCGGUGAAUGCCGGAAAUAUUGAACUUCGACAUGUUGAUAUGCCAUGA